AUGUCGGGCUUCGUCUCCUCGCCCACCGCCCUGCACCCCGCCCUCAGUAAUCCGAAUCCGCUUCCGCCGCCAGCGCCAUUGUCACUGCAACAGCACCAGCCGUCCGCGUUGCCGUCCUCGUCGCCCUCUUCCGACCCCCAUGGAGUUAAAACCUCGCUUUCCGACCGCCCCAAAAGCUCCAGCGCCAGUGUCAGCACCACUACCGUCCACGACCGACCUCUCUCUUCUUCCGCCUCCACCUCCAACUCCGUCUCCCAUUUACACUCGCACACACACUCGCACUCUCUGUCACUGCAUCGCAAUGCUGGUCCGGUAGCAGAGGAGGAACCCUACGCUGGCGCCCAAGCCGGAUUUCCCGCUACAGCUGCUGCAACACAAAACCCCUCGUCCUCGAUAAGAAGAAGCUCCCUAUCAAUAACCUCUACCGCCGCCUAUCCCGAACUGCUCCCGCCUCCUCUUUCCAAGUCCACCAACGCCAACGCCAGCGCUGCCGCCCAUCCUCCCAAGGGCCAUCGUCGCGCACCUUCCCACGAAGUUCCCCGCCAGACUAUUAUGAAAGCCUUGGCUUCGGUUGUUCGCAGAAAUAAACCCGAAGCCCUCUCACUUACCGGCAUGUUGUCCCAGCAAGGCGGUUGCGACAACCGCCCCGCCACUUCUUCGUCCCAGAAGCUGGCCGACGCCUUGAAUGAGCUGGCCAACCGGAGCAUGACCCCCACCACCGCCCUACCCUCCUUGCAGUCCCCCUGCUUCUAUCACAACCGAUUCGAUGAUGCCGUCAACAUCGACAAGGUUCUUGAGGAGAUCAAGAAUGACGACUGCAUGUCACACUCUAGGCUCGUGCAGACAGCCACCGGCGUCCGCGAGGUCUCCAAGCAGUUGCAACGUCGCCCCAUCAAGCGCGCUGUUCGCAAUGUCAUGAUUGUCACCAAAGCUCGCGAUAACCAGCUCGUCUACCUGACCCGCGAGCUCGCUACCUGGUUGCUUCGUACGCCGAGGUACGGUGCCGACGUUGGCGUCAACGUCUAUGUGGACGCCAAGCUGCGCAACUCUCGACGCUUCGAUGCCAAUGGCAUUGUUGCAGAGAAUCCUGCGUACCAGGACAUGCUCAAGUACUGGACGCCUGAUUUAUGCUGGAGCCAACCUGAGAAGUUCGACCUAGUCCUUACCCUCGGCGGUGAUGGAACCGUUCUCUUCACGUCAUGGCUUUUUCAGCGCAUCGUGCCCCCCGUCUUGUCCUUCAGUCUGGGCAGUCUCGGCUUCUUAACGAGCUUCGAAUUUGAAAAGUACACGCAGCACUUGGACCGGAUCAUGGGUGACGAGGGCAUGCGUGUCAACUUGCGUAUGCGCUUCACCUGCACUGUCUACCGUGACGGCACUCUUGGCCAAGAGGCGGAGGAAGGAGAGCAAUUCGAGGUUCUCAACGAACUUGUCAUCGAUCGCGGCCCAUCCCCAUACGUUUCGAACUUGGAACUCUACGGCGAUGACGAGCUCCUCACUGUCGUGCAGGCCGACGGCUGCAUUUUCUCCACACCGACAGGAUCAACUGCUUAUUCUCUUUCGGCCGGAGGUUCCUUGGUACACCCCGACAUCCCGGCUAUUCUCCUGACACCCAUCUGCCCGCAUACCCUCUCAUUCCGCCCGAUGGUUCUCUCUGACACGAUGCUCCUCCGCGUGUCGGUGCCGCGUAAUUCGCGCGCAACGGCGUACUGCGCCUUUGAUGGCAAGGGUCGUGUCGAGUUGAAGCAAGGAGACUACGUCACCAUCACUGCCUCACAAUACCCAUUCCCUACAGUUGUCCGAACACAGACGGAGUGGUUCGACAGCGUUUCCCGCACUCUUCGCUGGAACACGCGCGCCGCAACGCAAAAGGGCUUCGACCCCUCUGCUGGCGGCAGCCUCUGCCCAUCUGAGGACGGCAAGGAUGAAGAUCCGGAGUGGGACAUCGACACUGACUCGGCCUGCUACGCUAGUGAGGACGGGAGUAUCAGUGCGAGUCCCUUGAGAAGGCAGAUGAGUCUGCUGGGCAUGUGA